AUGGAUGCCGAACCAGUUCAACGAAGUCGAGAGCGAUUCGUUGGCAUCUUUGCUAGCCUUGCACCAUUUCUCCCUCCCCCCACUAACGCUGUGCGGUCCGAAGAUAUACACAUUACACCUACACAAAGAGUGAGGAUUUUUACCCCUUCGGCUGAAACAGAUCUAUUACCGGUAGGAUUAUAUAUUCAUUCUGGAGGAUGGUUUACCGGCAGCAUUGAGGGCGAAGACCUUUUGUGUCGAAUUAUCUCAGAGAAGUCUAAGAUGAUCCUCUUCUCCCCAGAAUAUCGCCUUGCGCCGGAAUAUCCCUAUCCUGCUGGUCUCGAGGACGUCUGCGCGGUCUAUGAAUUCAUGAAUGCAACAGCCACAAAAUAUGGAGGAGAUCCGAGGAGGAAAUUCAUUAUGGGUGGAUCUGCCGGGGGGAAUCUAGCUGCCUGCGUUGCGCUAAAAUAUUCUUCGAAUCAGGAGCUCAAACCCGCUGGAUUGGUUGCUGCUUGUAUGGCAAGCUGCGAUCCUCGAGUGCUACCUGCGGAGUAUAUGAGUAGAUAUACUCCCGAGCUGUACUCGGAUGCGCCAAUGAUUGGAAACGCGAUGAUGCGUCAAGCAAGAAAAUGGUACAAUGCACCGCAACCUCAAGAUCCCCUGUACUCGCCGUUAUUGCACCCAGACAUUAGACUACUGCCCAAGACUUACAUUACAGCAUGCACCAAAGAUCCUACCCAUCAAGAGACUGUCUUCUUCUACGAGGAAUGUAAAAGGCAAGGGGUCGAUGUUGAGUUAGUGGAAUGGGUAGGUUGGCCACAUUUCUUUUGGAUGCUUUUAAUGCUUCCUAAGUCUGUGGAAUUUAUGGAUGUCUGGUGCGGAAAAUUGAGAGCAAUGAUUGCAGACUUGUGA